CUCUCUUUCUCACACCUUUCUUCCUGAUCACCAUCAACCAUGAACGUCGUCAAGGAGAUCAAACGACUGAACGAGCGAGAAGCCAGUCUAUCGAUCUCAACUUCUGGAUCCUGGCAUGAGCAAUACAAAGACUCCGCCCACGUCUUUGUCGGCGGACUCCCCUACAACCUCACGGAGGGUGAUAUCGUCUGUGUGCUCUCGCAGUUUGGAGAGAUCGCCGGUAUUAAUCUCGUUCGUGAUAAGGAAUCUGGAAAGUCCAAGGGUUAUGCCUUUUUGAAAUAUGUCGAUCAGAGGUCCACCAUCCUCGCAGUCGAUAACAUGAAUGGAUCCAAGAUAGGCGGAAGGGUGAUCCGAGUUGACCAUGUACAGAAUUACAAGGUCCCCAAAGUCUUUGACGCCGACGGAAACGAGGUCGAACCGGACGAGGAUACGGUCAACAACGUUGCUCCCAAACCGAUCGGAGAUUCCGGGUCAGAAGAUGAAUCCUCAAGCGACUCGGACGCCUUUGACAACACCGGGAUCGACAUUGACGAUCCCAUGCGUGACUACCUCCUCAAGAAACGCCGUAAAAAGAACAAGAAACCCAAAAAGAAAUCCGAAAAGGAUCAGGAUAACGGUGACGGAUCUAAAGAAUCCAAGGCUGAACGCAAAGCUCGCCGAGAACUCAAACGUGCAGCCAAAAAGGCUAAGAAGGAAAAGAAAGCCGCCGCCACGACUGAAGACCAGGAUCAGAACAAGGACAAGGACAAGGACAAAGAGAAGAGCAAAGGUCAACUCAUCCGGGAAUCGGACUCGAGCAAGAUAGAUCUAGACAUGCGCGAUUCCAAAAGCAACAGUACAAACAAUGCGGACGAAAUUAUGAAGUCGCCAGAACCUCACUCGGAAACAAAGACUCAAAAAGACACAACUUCUGCUCAGCCCUCAACAUCACCUCCAGUAUUACCGUCAUCCUCAUCCCAUAAAUCGAGAUCUCGUUCUCGUUCCCCAGUCUCGACAUCUCGUUCUUACCGCCCUCAUCACCGCCGCGACUCCCACUCUCGAUCCAGGUCCAGAUCACCGGACCGAUACCGCUCAUCCUCAUACCGCGACGACAGAGACAGGAAGAGAGACUCGAGGGAACGGAGGAGAGAUGACAGCCGAGACAGGGAUAGGAGCAGGAACAUGGACAGGGAUCGUGACAGACGUCGCAGCAGCAGUAGGGAACGGCAUUACGGAUCCUCUCGUCGACGACGGAGUCCUUCGCCCUACUCGUCUCGACGACGCAGUUCUUCGCCCUAUUCACGUCGCAGGAGUCGUAGUCGCAGUCAGAGUCCACGGCGAUCAUGAUCUAUCUUGCAGCUCUUGAUACGUUUAUUCCAAGAUUACUGCUAUGCACAAGAAUAAACAUAAUAAUACCACCACCUACCAUCAAUC